AUGGCCUUGUCCAUCUUCCUAUAUCUCUUCAUCUCCACAGUAGUAAUUCUAAUUGUAUCAGUCUACAUGUACAUAAAAUCAAGAGGAUCAGAGAACCCCUUGCUCCCCAUAGACUGGCCAGUAGUCGGAAUCCUCCCUUCAUUCGUAGCCAAUCUCCGCAACUUCCAUGACUACCUCACCGCCGUCCUCGCUGCGUCAGGGUGCAACUUCAAGGUCGGAGCUGCUGGGGCAAGCAGCGCCAGGUUCUUCAUCACAAGCGACCCAGCAAACGUCCAGCAUCACAUCUUCACCGCGAACCAUGCCAACUACCUCAAGGGAGAGGCGUUCGCCGAAGCCUUCGACGUCGUGAGCGGUACGCUCUUGACCGUAGACGGCGAGGCCUGCCGCCGGCAGAGAGCCAAGACCCAGGGCAUCCUGAGCAACCCAGAGAUGGUCUCGUCGAUGGCCACUUGCUGCCGCGGUAAAGUGGCGGACGGCCUCCUCCCGUUCCUGGCCCGGAUGGCGAGCGCAGCAGCUCCGUUCGACAUGCAGGAACUGUGCGCGAGGCUGGUGUUCGACCAGACCGCCACGCCGGUAUUCGGCGUGGACCCUGGCUGCUUGUCCCCUCACAUGCCGUCUAUGCGUGUCGCGGACGCCAUGGACACGGUGAUGGAGGUCGGCUUCUUCCGCCAGACCGUGUCCCCCUCGUUAUGGAAAGCGAUGAGGUGGCUAGACGUCGGGCCGGAGAGGAGGCUGGCGGCCGCGCACACAGUGCUGCAUGGCUUCGUCACGGAGAUGAUGGAGAAGAGGAACGCCGCAAGGCAGCUCGGUAGUGAGGGGGGAGUACUAGACGGCAAGGUGGUCGACAUCGUUUCUCACUACGUCGAUGACCCUGAAUGCAGCGAUGCCAUGCUGCGCAAGACGCUUCUCAACUACAUGAUCGGCGGGCGGGACACGAUCGGCACAGCGCUGCCCUGGCUCUUGUACAGCCUCGCGAACAACCCUCGCGUCGUCUCCAGCAUCCGCAAGGAACUGGCACCGAUCGCCUCUCGCAAAGAUGAUCGGGGCAAGAUGGUUGUGUUCGAGCCAUCAGAGACGAAACCGCUGGUCUACCUCCAAGCGACCUUGUUCGAGUCCCUGAGGCUGUACCCGCCAGGCCCACUGGAGCGCAAGAACGUGGUGGCCGAUGACGUUCUGCCGAGCGGUCACCGGGUGCGCCGUGGCGAGGCUAUCCUCGUCUCCAUCUAUGCUAUGGGCAGAAUGGAGAGUGUCUGGGGCAAGGACAGCCAUGAGUUUAGGCCUGAGAGGUGGCUCUCCGAGGAUGGAACCAAGCUACGGUAUGUGCCGUCCUGCAAAUUCUUGGCUUUUAGCUCAGGGCCGAGGAUGUGCCUAGGCAAGGACAUCGCGAUCAUGGAGAUGAAGACCAUUGUUGCCGCCGUGGUGUGGAACUUCGAUGUGGAGGUCUUGGAAGAGCAGAGCAUCAAGCCCAAGUUAUCCAUCCUUCUACAGAUGGAGAACGGACUCAUGGUUACCGUCACUAGGAGAGAGGAACGCAAUAAGCCAUAA